AUGUUUACUUUACAAGAUUUAUUAUCACUUUCUAAAAUUUACAUUUAUGAAGAUUUUCCAAAUUUUAAUAUAAAAUUAUUUGAAAAUGAUGGAAUUCAAAUUUCUAAAAAUGAAAUUUUUAAAUAUAAAAAUUUGGAUUCAAUUUCACAAAAUAUUGUUGCAAAUAUUAAAAAUUUAAUUAUUGGAAAGGAAAUUAAAUUAAAAAUAACUCCAUUUGGAAAUAAUAUAAAUAGUAAAUUUUAUUCAACAAGUGAACAAGUACUUGAACCCUAUUUACAUUAUAGAUUAUUAACACAUCCAAAUAGAGUAGCAAAUAUACAAGAUGCAGAUUUAGCAUUUAUUCCAUUUUAUUCACAUUUAUUAAAAUUUGCUACUAAAAAUGGAAAUAUAAUUCCAUUAAAUACAAUUAUUCAAUAUACAAAUUCACUUUUACCUAAAACUACAAACACAAAUAUUCCACAUUUAAUUGCUUAUUCUGAUUUGGGAUAUAAUACAAAAGAAGCCUUGAGAGAAAUGUUUAAAUUUGCACCAAAUAAUUUUUAUUUUGUUUGUUAUGAAGAAGAUCAAUCUAGUAGUGGAUAUUACCUUCCUAAAAAGGCACCUUCAAGAGUAAUUACAGUUCCAUAUAUGUCAAUUAUUCAUAAAUCGAAAUUUGAAAAUUUUUAUGAAAAUUUCAAAAUAAUGAAAAAUAGAACUUUUUUUACAUGUCAUGUCGGUAAUUUAAAUAGAUGGCCAAUUCAAUACAUGUCAAAAUAUUUAUCAACACCAUUUUAUACAUCACUUUCCAAUGAACAAGCUUCCAAUUUAGGAAAUUUAAUUGAAUUUUAUUCUAAUUGUAAAUUCUCAAUUCAUAUUUCAAGUUUAGAUGGAGAGAUGAGGAUUUCCCGCCAUUUUUAUACAUCACUUACAACUGGUACCAUUCCUAUUUUAUUUAAUUCUAAUGAAAUGAGUUAUUCAAGCCUUUUUAGGGGUGCACUCGAUUUGGAAAUGAUGGCUAUUAUUAUACCAAAUUCAAUUCAUCAAAUUAGAGAUGAAAAGGAACAAUCAUGGGCAAUUAUUAAUUAUUUAAAAAGUAUUCCAUUAAAUGUUUUUGAAAAAAAGAGAAGAUUUAUUUAUGAUCAUUUACAAUAUUUACAAUAUUCAAUGGAAAAUGAUCAACAAGAUGCAAUUUCAUUAAUUAUUGGAAGUGUUGUUAAAUUAAAUUCAAUAUUAAUUUGA